AUGGCGAAGGAAGCAGUCUCAGCAGCAGCAGCUCGCUCCAAGAAGCAUAGUAGAGACGAAUCGGAAGAGGAGCUCUCCGAUACCAAGACGGUAAGCACGAGCGACAGCUCUUCUAGCACCGAGUAUAAGGAAAAUUUCAACGAACUUAACCUUUCGCCCGCGACUAUAAAGGCGGUUGAGAAGCUAGGGUUUACCAAGAUGACUCAAGUGCAGUCACGUACUAUUCCUCCACUGCUGGCUGGUCGUGAUGUAUUGGGAGCGGCAAAGACCGGGUCUGGUAAGACGUUAGCUUUUUUGCUUCCUGCCAUUGAGAUGCUGCACUCACUGAAGUUCAAACCCAGAAAUGGUACUGGUGUUGUUGUGAUCACACCAACGCGUGAGCUGGCGUUGCAGAUUUUCGGUGUUGCCAAACAACUUCUGGAAUUCCACUCGCAAACGUUUGGGAUCGUUAUUGGAGGUGCCAACCGUCGUCAAGAGGCAGAUAAGCUUGCUAAGGGUGUAAACUUGCUUAUUGCCACUCCAGGAAGACUUCUGGAUCACCUUCAAAACACUCAAGGGUUUGUGUUCACUAAUCUGCGUGCGUUAAUCAUUGAUGAGGCCGACCGUAUCCUUGAAAUUGGUUUUGAAGAUGAAAUGCGUCAGAUUGUCAAGAUUUUGCCUAAUGAAGACCGUCAAACAAUGCUUUUCUCUGCAACACAAACCACUAAAGUGGAGGAUCUGGCCAGGAUCUCUUUGAGACCAGGGCCGCUUUUCAUCAAUGUUGAUUCUGAAAAAGAAACUUCCACCGCGGAUGGCUUAGAGCAAGGGUACGUUGUUUGCGAGAGUGAUAAGCGGUUCUUGCUUCUAUUCUCUUUCCUCAAGCGUAACCAAAAGAAGAAGGUGAUUGUCUUCUUGUCUUCUUGCAAUUCCGUCAAAUAUUACGCUGAACUUCUUAACUAUAUCGACCUUCCUGUAUUGGAACUGCACGGUAAGCAAAAACAACAGAAGCGUACAAACACAUUUUUCGAGUUUUGCAAUGCCGAGAGAGGUACUCUGGUGUGUACUGAUGUGGCUGCAAGAGGCUUGGAUAUUCCAGCUGUGGACUGGAUUAUCCAGUUCGAUCCUCCUGAUGAUCCCAGAGAUUACAUUCACAGAGUGGGGAGAACCGCAAGAGGCUCCAAAGGCAAGGGUAAGUCAUUGAUGUUUUUGACUCCUAAUGAACUCGGCUUCUUGCGCUACUUGAAGGCCGCCAGGGUACCUUUGAAUGAGUUCGAAUUUCCAACCAAUAAAAUUGCAAAUGUGCAGUCGCAACUAGAGAAAUUGAUUAAGUCCAACUAUCACCUCCACCAAAUUGCCAAGGACGGCUACCGGUCCUACUUACAAGCAUAUGCAUCUCAUUCGCUGAAGACUGUUUAUCAGAUUGAUAAAUUGGAUUUGGCUAAGGUGGCAAAAUCCUACGGUUUCCCAAUUCCUCCUAAGGUGAACAUCACUAUCGGCGCUUCCGGUAAAACACCAACCAUUAAGAAGCGUAAGUUGAAAAAUUAA